AUGAAGGCCACGUUCGUCCUCGGCGCGCUCCUGGCGCUCACCGGCGCCGCUGCCUCGCCGGUCAAGCGCCGCCGCCUGGAGCCGCGGCUCACAAUCGCCCCGAACGCGACGACGAGCAGCGAUGUGGCCAGUGCGUCCGGCAGCAGCAGCAGCAGCACAAGCAGCGUGAGCUCGUUCUUCACCACCGCGUCGGCCGUGGCACCAAAGUGCCGCCCCAAGUCCAAGUCCUCAUCGGCAGCACCGUCGGCACCCACGCCGUCCGGCCCGUCCGACAUCGUCCUCCCCUCCUCUUCGGCCCCCUCGUCCUCGGCCAACGGCACGGCCCCGACCGCGAGCCCCGACGUCAGCGCCAGCCCCAGCCUCGCGCCGACGGCCGUCCAGUCGCAGCCCUCUCCCGCCGGUACGCCCGGGGAGGCUCCCGCGGCUAGUCCUAGUGGCGCCAAGAGCGAUGGCAUUCCCACGCCUGCCACAAGCCCUUCGUCCUCUGCGUCUGCCUCUGCCGCUGCACCGACGUCUGGCUCGCCCGCCACGACCUCGUCGCAGAGCCCUACCCCGACCACGACCUUCUCCUCGGCCCCGGACUCGGGCAAUGCCUCGCGUCCCGACGCCACGGGCGCGCCCGUGCCCGACGCUGGUGCUUCGUCGGACAAGCUCGUCUUUGCGCACUUCAUGGUCGGCAUCACGUGGCCGUACCAGCAGGCCGACUGGGAGGCCGACAUCCGCAAGGCGCAGUUGUACGGCGUGGACGCGUUCGCGCUCAACAUUGGCCGCGACGAGUACAACCACGCGCAGUUGACCAACGCGUACAAUGCCGCCGAGGCGCUCGGGUUCAAGGUCUUCCUGUCGUUCGACUUCAACUGGUGGAAGAACGACCAGGUCGCCGACGUCGUCAGCUACCUCAAGGAGUGGGCGUCCAAGCCCGCCCAGCUCAAGGUCAAGGCGAACAAUGCGGCGUUUGUCUCGACGUUUAUCGGUGCCGGCUUCGACUGGGCGAGCGUUAAGCAGCAGGUCGGCUUCCCCCUGCACAUUAUCCCCGGCAACCUGCGCCCCGACGACGCGGGCACGCAGAGCCAGAUCGCCAGCGCGGCCCUCGACGGCCUCUUCUCGUGGCACGCUUGGCCGGGCCAGGAGAACAACAUCCCCGUCGACGCGAGCCUCAACACCGACACGGACAAGGCGUACCAGGCACUCGUGGGCAAGAACAACAAGGACUACAUGGCGCCCGUGUCGCCUUGGUUCUUCACCCACAUCGGCUCGGACAAGUCGUACACCAAGAACUUCCUGUUCAAGUGGCAGCAGAUCCUCGACCUGGCGCCGCAGUACGUCGAGAUUGUGACCUGGAACGACUUUGGCGAGUCGCACCACGUCGGCCCGCGGCCCGCCGCGGCAGGCGACGACGGGAGCGCCGACUACGCCGCGGGGCUGGACCACACCAAGCUCAUGGACCUCGCCGUGCCCUUCAUCAAGGCGUACAAGGCGGGCGGCAAGGCGCCCGUCGUGGACAAGGACUUUGUCGUGUACUGGCACCGCCCGCACCUCAAGUCUGCGUCGUGCGACGCCACCGACCCCGUAAAGGGCAGCGCGAGCAAGGACGUCCAGCCGGGCGGCGUGCCGGCCGGCAAGCCGCAGGGCUGGGAGUUUGUCGCCGACGUCGUCUUUGUCGCCGUGUCCUCGAAGAGCGGCGCCAAGGUCACUGUUACUUCGGGCUCGAAUGCGCCAGUCACGCUCGACGCCCAGGCCGGUAUCCAGGUCUUUGAGGUGCCCAUGGGCACUGGCCAGCAGAAGUUUGAGCUCUCGUCCGGCGCCGGCUCGGCAUCCGGCACCUCCGAGGUGCCCAUCACCGCUGGCUGCUGGCAGGACAAGCUGUACAACUUCAACUUCCACUCGGGUCUCGUGUCGGCGUAA